CAAAGCAGUCUGUUGGCCGGAGAGGCUUCUUUGUAGCCCCCUAUUGCUCAGAACUUUAAUUAGAUGGUUGUGGUUCUCAAAUAAAGAAACACGACUUAUGUCUAGACAAGACAGAAUCAGUUAGUGAUAUCAGCAGCUAUAAUUACCAGGAAGAACGAUUUAGAUAAUGUACUUGUUUGCCUUGUUUAAAGGUGGAGAUGAACCCACUUUGCCAGCAGAAGGAGCUGAAGGAAUUCUGCGAGGCCAAGGGCGUUCAUGUUUCUGCCCAUUCCCCUCUGGGCUCAAAUGGCACAAUAUGGGGAGAUAACAGGAUUCUCGACUGUGAUGCUUUGAAAGAGAUUGCAGAGUCUAUAGGGAAAACAACUGCCCAGAUUGCUUUAAGAUGGGCGUACGAGCAAGGGGCAAGUGUGAUAACAAAGAGCUUCAACAAGGACAGAAUGAAGGAGAACCUUGAAAUAUUGGAUUGGUCAUUGAGUAUGGAAGACUUGGACAAGAUCAAUGGCCUUCCUCGGCGCAAAGGCAGCGCCCGUAGUCCAAUUUUUGAGCUCAGUAAAGAGCUUGAAGCAGAGCUAUGAGAUAAACAUAUCCAAAAGAUGUGUAAAGGUCAUAUAUUAAAUAUUUUCAUGCUUAAAAUUUAUAUCUGCUAUGCAUGCUAAGGGUUUAGUUCCUUUUUGAAAGUUUUCGCCAAGGUGUUAUUCGCAUCAAUAUUAUAUAUAUAAAUGUAGAAAUGGGAUUUGAAUGCAUCCUAUAUGUCAAUCUUUAUAUAGUCAACAUAAUAAAAUCGUUGGUAAAAGAAAAGCAGAUUUCUGCAUCAUCAAGUCAAGGGACUAGAAGGACCUUUUUUCCUGUUAAAGAGGUAUAAAAGUGUCAGCAUUCUACAGUCUGUCUCAUGG